UAUAUCGCUGGGCUGUAGAUGGAAGAAGAAGAAGAACGGUGCAGCAGCUCUUCUAUUUUCGUGAUAGUUUUUCCCAAUUAGUGCUAAAAUUAAUAUCCAUAAUAUGCCAUUUUCCGCACAAACAUGUGCGAAAUGACGUGCCUUUGCUGAUCUGCUUACAUAACAAUCCACUGGUAGCAAAGUAAGCUCCCACACACAUCGAUCAACCGGGAUUAGCGAAGCUUAGUUUGGGACUACAUGGCGACUGUGACGGAGGGCAGCAAAAUGCUCGAGGCAGCGUUACAGCAAAUGGACGGCCUCAUCUCGAGCACGGCCACCCAGGCUGUAUCAGGGUUGGCAUCAGGAGCUGGGGCUUCUCUGACCCUUAGUGAGCGCAACUUGAUUUCGGCCACUAAUGUUCUAUCGACGGCCAAGACUUUGGCUCUUGCCCUGCAACAGGUCGGUCUGGCAGCCCCUGCUCCGGAUCCAGUGACGGCGGCCAUUAUCAGCGACUGGCUGGAGACACAUAUACCUCGUCAGGAUUCUGACGAGCGAAUGCGUCGUCUGCAGCGGGACAAAGAGGGUCUGGCCCUGCAGUACCAAAUGCUGGCGGAGCGGGUUUCGGAACAGGCGGAUAAGAUCAUUGAGCUGGAGGGUCUGAUAACGGAGAAGAGCCAGCAGUUGUGCACCAAAGAGGAGCAGCUGCAGCGGCAGAUGAUUUCGCGUUCCGCCCUUGAAACGCAGAAACUCGAACUGAUGAGUGCCUUAAGUGAACUAAAGCUGCAUCGCACGGCCUUGGAACAGGCCAAUGAUGGUAGUGGAAUCUCCGCUAAUAUUCCCUACGGCAGUUUGAGCAACAUAAACCAGAAGGCCUUUAUGGGAUCCCCCAAAACCCCGCCCUCUGCUUUGCGUCAUCAGAUCAAACCGCAGUUUCACAGCCUGCCAAGAUCGCAUGGCAAGCUGGCCAACAACAACAAUCGUGCCUUGGACAUGAAUGCCAACAGCAGUGGCAAACAGCGGAAUGUGGCCUUCGCAUCAAACGAACAAAUUCUGAUCGAGGACAAUCCCCAUCAAGCGGAUGAUGCCAUGACUUCGAGCUUCAUGUCGCAGUUUACGCCGUCACCAAAGUUGCGAGAACGGUCUGCCCGUGGCUUGCGUAACAUUCUAGGCAAGCUACGGCGCAGCAACAGCAGCAACUGCGAACUGACCGCCUUGGAGCAGGCAGAACCCGAGUUCCGGCGAGGAGGUUCCAGAGCAACCGCCGGAGGACGUAUCGAGUGGAGUGCCCAGACUCCUUUGUUUGGUGAGAGUGAAAAGCACUGGACCACUUGGGAACCACAGGAGGUGUGCAAUUGGUUGGGAUACAUGGGUCUAGGCUGCUAUGAGGACAAUUGCCGGAAAUGGCUUAAGGCCAAUCCAUCAGUGUCCAUCUUCACCGCUUCGCCGGUGGACAUUGAACGAGAGCUUAACCUAAAGCUUCCUCUUCACCGAAAGAAGAUUUUGCUGGCUAUCGACGAAAUCACUGGCAAGGAAUUCGAUGAGCUAACAUUGAAGGCAUCCAACUUGGACGUGGCUUGGGUUGUACGCUGGCUGGAUGACAUCGGUCUGCCUCAGUACAAGGAUUAUUUUGUGCAGGCCAAGGUGGACGGUCGGAUGUUGCACCGCCUGACACUCGAGGAUUUGUCCCAGCUGCAUGUGAGCUCCUGUCUGCACAUUGCUUCGCUCCGAGCGGGAAUCUUGUGCAUGCGCCGCUUGUCUUGGAAUGCAGAGGGUCUGAUUCGGCGCUCCAUCAAGGUGUCCAGUGAGGAUGAACCGGCAGGCAGUCCGGACAAGGAGAACGUAGAGCUAUGGACAGCGCACCGGAUAAUGGGCUGGUUGCAAACCAUCGACCUGUCAGAAUACACACCAAAUCUUCGUGGUGCCGGUGUCCAUGGCGCUUUGAUGCUUUACGAGCCGCGUUUCAAUGCGGAUCUGCUGGCCGACUUGCUGUCAAUACCGUCGAGCAAGUCCCUGCUGCGUCGCCACCUUGCCAUGCAUUUCAAGGAGCUAGUUGGUCGUCCGGUGAUUCUAAGCAAGCGCGAUGCAGAAUCCGCCCCAGGAUAUCAACCGCUAAGCAUUACUGCGAAGCUUAAGCCGGUGAAACGCACUCAGUUCUCGCUGAAGCGUCGAAAGAGCGCCAAGGGCUCGAGCGAUGUUGACUGGACAGAGUACGUGUGUCCCAUGAAUGCUAGAAUACCAGAGCCAACUUUGGCGGAUCCGACUAAGGACCAUGAGAGCUCAAUGAGUUAAAAUUGAUGACGAGUCGCACAAGUCGAUUUCAAGCAAGAAAAUGUUUUCUAGUUGUAAGCCCAAGCCUGGCCCAGGAUCCCCAAAAGAAUGAACUGCCACCUGAACCAAUUAAGCAACCAAAACCACAAAACGAACGACAAUAUUAGUGAGAAUUUAUCUGGGCACGCCCAACCCAAUCUUCCAAACAUUUUUCGAAUGAAUUCAAGUCAAAAUUCUUUCGUCAACCUAAGCAUACCAGCAAACAUUUUGGAAAUCUUUACUUUACCUGUAACUAACAUUUAGGAUAAUCUGGAUCCGGGAUGCGAUGAUAUAUUUCAGAUAAGCAUAAAGUUAACAAUAAUAACGAGAAGUAUUCGCAAUGGCAUUGAAACGACCUUGAGAGCGAGCAUAACCCCUAUAGACUUAUCGCCCAUUUUGGAGUUAAUUUUUUGUACUAACACGUAACUGUAUUGACGGAUUUUUUGUAAAAUACAAACUACGAUGCCUUUUACAACCAAA